UUUUUUUCCGCCGACCUCUCACACCCUUCGUUUUUAUUCAUUAAUACGUCUCUCCUCUGUUCUGUUUCAAUACAUAAUAAAAUCCAUCACGAGACGCAAGAGAGAGAGAGAUAAGAACGAAGAGGAGAGAUCAAAAUUUUAUUUUGUUUUCUUGAUCAAAUCCUGUUUUUUUGAAUUGAAUUGUUUUUUUUUUGUUGAUGGUCAUCUAAAAUUUAAAUCCUUUAUUAUUGAAAAUUGAGAGAUUCUUCUGCGAUUGUGAGAGAAAAGAUGAAGUUUUGUAAGAAGUAUGAAGAGUACAUGCAAGUACAGAAGCAGAAGAAGAAUCUUCCCGGUGUUGGGUUUAAGAAACUCAAGAAGGUUCUCAAGAAAUGCAGAAGAAACCAUGAUGGUCCUAUGGCUUUUAUUGAUCAACAACAACAACAACAUGACCAGAAUUGUCCUCGUGGAUGCACAGUUUGUGAUGGGAAUUUUUUCCCGGAGCUUCUCAAGGAGAUGGAAGACGUAGUUGGAUGGUUUAACGAGAAUGCUCAGAAGCUUCUUGAGCUACAUUUAGCUUCUAGUUUCACAAAGUGUCUUACUUGGUUCAAAGGCAAUAGUCGUAAAAAAAGCCAUCUUGGUUUGAUUCAAGAGGGCAAAGACUUGGUUAAUUACGCUCUCAUCAAUGCCGUCGCCAUUAGAAAAAUCCUCAAGAAAUAUGACAAGAUUCAUGAGUCUAGGCAAGGACAAUUGUUUAAGACACAAGUCCAGAAAAUGCGAAUCGAGAUCCUUCAAUCACCAUGGCUUUGUGAGCUUAUGGCGUUUCACAUCAAUCUGAAAGAGACUAAGAAGGAAUCUGGAGCUGCUGCUGUGGCUUCUCCUCAUCCUCCUGUUCAUGCACUGUUUGAUGGUUGCUCUUUGACGUUUGAUGAUGGGAAGCCUUUACUCUCCUGCGAGCUCUCUGAUUCCGUAAAAGUUGACAUUGACUUGACUUGUUCAAUAUGCCUGGACACGGUGUUUGAUCCGAUAGCUCUAACAUGUGGUCACAUAUAUUGCUACAUGUGUGCUUGCUCUGCUGCAUCAGUAAACGUAAUUGAUGGCUUGAAAACCGCAGAGCUAACUGAAAAAUGUCCGCUUUGCCGUGAGGAUGGGGUUUAUAAAGGUGCUCUGCAUUUGGAUGAGCUCAAUAUCUUACUUAAGCGAAGCUGCAGAGAGUAUUGGGAAGAACGGCGUAAAACAGAGAGAGCAGAAAGGUUACAGCAGGCCAAGGAGUACUGGGAUUACCAAUGCCGAAGCUUCACUGGAAUAUAAUAAUAUAACUGGCUAUAUUUGGAAGUAUUUUGAAAGACUCAAUGUUGAUUGUGAAAUAUCUAGAAGAUUCUUGGUUUUGAUAAUAAGCUUUUGAAAGACUCAAUGUUGAUUGUGAUAUGUUUUCCUCUGUAAGUAUGUGUUUGCUUACACAGAGGAUGACGAUUUGUUAGUGAAAAAUGAAAACUCUUAAGCGUUUGCUAUAAUAUAUAGUUUGCAUAUGA